AUGGCCGCCGGAGAAUUGUCGGAGAAUCUCGACGACGAUCACACAUGCUGUGGAGUAGGGUUGCAGUCUAUGCACCAGGACCAAGCAGCUCAGAGUCACAAGCGACGUCCCGAGGUCGACAUACUGUACGGUAGCCCGCAGGUCCAAAGUGCACGCAACAUGCGCCCUCAUACUCUCCUCUCAUCAACCCUCGCAGCCCAAGCCGCUGCUCGCGCACUCUCACCAACCCCAUCCCCAUCUCCAGCAGGGGUAUCCUACACAGAACAAUACAGACCGCAGUACCACUUCACCCCGGCCCGCAACUGGAUCAACGAUCCCAACGGCCUCGUCUACGCAAAUGGCACGUACCACUUGUUCUACCAGUAUAACCCCGGCGGGGUCGCGCACGAUGCGAUCUCCUGGGGCCACGCGACGAGCAAGGACCUGACGCACUGGGAUGAGAAGCCCGUUGCGCUGACGGCGAAGGGAUUCCCCGGGACCGUGACGGAGGAGUUCUUUAGCGGGAGUGCGGUUGUUGAUGAGCAGAAUACUAGCGGCUUUGGGAAUGGGACCGUGCCGCCCAUGGUUGCGAUGUAUACUUCUUUCUAUGUCUACGACCAGAUCCUCCCCAGCGGCAAAAAGGUCUACGCAAACCAGCAAUCUCAAUCUAUAGCAUACAGUCUUGACUCGGGGUUAACGUGGAACACUUACGACGCUGCAAACCCGGUCUUGCUACACCCACCGCACCCCUACGAAGCGCAGUACAAGGAAUGGCGCGACCCCAACGUCUUCUGGCACGCAGACACAAACAAAUGGAUUCUGACGACUGCCCUCUCAGACCUGCACAAACUACUCAUCUACACCUCCGACGAUCUAAAGAACUGGACAUUCGCCAGCGAGUUCGGCCCGUACAAUGCUGUCGGCGGCGUCUGGGAGUGUCCUAGUUUCUUCUCUUUACCUGUUGACGGCGACGAAGAGAACGUGAAAUGGGUCGCGCUGAUCGGCCUUAACCCUGGCGGUCCGCCUGGAACAGUGGGCUCGGGCAACCAGUAUAUCCUGGGACAGUUCAACGGGACGCACUUCAUCCCUGAUGCUGAGAGUGUGCAUGAGGAGGGAGUGGCGAAUUGGCUGGACUAUGGACCGGACUUUUAUGCGGCGCUGGUUUACAACGGUCUGCCUGAAUUUCAGAAGACGGUCGUUACGUGGAUGAGUAACUGGCAGUAUGCGCAGAAGGUGCCCACGACGAUCUGGCGCAAUGCGAUGGCCAUACCGCGGCGUCUUAAGCUCAAGACUAUCAAGGAGAGGGUGGUCGUUGUCCAGGAGCCGCAAGAGGACUGGGCUGCUAUCACGAGCAAGCCGAAAACCACACACAUCGAAUCUCUCGCAGCAAACAGCACGCGCAACCUUGGCUUCCUGGGGAAGACGCUCGCCGUCAACCUCACGUUCUCUGCUGAGGACGAGGAUGCAUCUUCGUUCGGAAUUUCCCUCCUCGCAACACAGAACUUCACGACCCAGACCCGCAUCGGCUACGACUUCGCGGAGAAGCAAAUCUUCGUCGAUAGGCGGACGUCAGGAAAUGUCUCCUUCGACGAGACAUUCGCAUCCGUUUACACAGCUCCUCUUGAGCCGGCGGAUGAUGGGACUGUGACGCUGAGGAUCUUCGCCGACUGGUCGAGCGUUGAGGUCUUUGGGGGACAGGGCGAAACGACUGUUACCGCCCAGGUUUUCCCACCGGAGGGAGCAACGUAUGCAAGACUCUUCACAGGGGAUGCGGGCGUGGAGGAUGUGCUUCUGAGCGUGAGCGAGGUUGCUUCAGUGUGGAAAUGA